UACUUAUUUUGCAGAAACACAAAGUGUACACUUUAGUUCAGCAUGUGGCAGCACAGAGUGAGCACCCUGGUUUUCACACACUAAAGGGGACCAAGAGGGUUAACACACUGGGAGAAGGACUCGAAUAAACUGGAAGGAUGUUUAAGUCACGUUACUCGCAUGAGGUGCGCAAGGAGAAAUACGAACGUUCAGAUACGUUUGAAGACCAAAACAUCCCAGCUGUCUCCAGCCUGGGUUCAGCCACACAAGGAUGGGAGAGUUUACAAGACCUGAAUGACCGUUUCGCAAAAUACAUCAACCGGGCCCGAGUCUUGGAGCAGAGAAAUGCUGUCUUCAGGAAGCAGUUGGAGACCCUUCAGAGAAUGGAGGAGAUCUCAGGACUGGAGGAAGUCUUUAACGAGCAGAUCAGCGUCAACCGCCAGAGAAUCCGGGAACUGUCUUCAGAUCAAGCAAAGCUGGAGAGAGAGCUGAAGGAUGCCGAGAGGAUGCUGGAUGAGUAUCACAACAAAUACAGCAAUGAAUGUGAAUAUCAGCAGCAGCUACGGGGGACACUGGAACAGCUCAACAAGGAGGCUGAUGAUGCUUUAUUAAGGAACCUGGAGCUUCAGAUUCAGUCCCAGUUUCUGCAGGAUGAUGUAAAUGCCACUAAAGAUAGGCACAAAAAGAACCUUGAAGAAAUUCAAACAUAUGUCAACAUCCUUCAUCAAAUCAUCCAAACUACCCCUCGUGUGCCAAGUGUGUCAGUUGGAACCUCUGAGCAGCAGGAGAAGCUAUUGGCACAGAGAAGAGUGCCUGCUUUGCAUAGCCAGUUAGAAGAGUACAAGAGUGCCCUCUACCAGCUACAGGCCCAAAAACAGAGGCUGCAGGCUGAGACGUCAGUGUUGGAGCAGGCCAUUAAGAGCACCCAGGAGAGUUACGAUGAUGAGAUCCAGUUGUACAAUGAGCAGAUUGAAGCCCUCCGCAAGGAGAUAGAGGAGAAUGAGAGGACCUUGGAAAAAUACACAAACGAGUGUCGCCAUUUGGCCAUGUACCAGACUUCAUUGGAGAAUGAGCUGGAUAGAUACAGGAGAAUCAUUGAAAACGAAGACAACAGAUUAAAUUCAGCUAUAAUUGGCACACCUGUUACCUUAUUCACUACCAGUUACCGAUGUACCCAUACCCCCGCUGUCACCAGAAGAGGAAAAGAUAUCACUCAGGCUAUGCAAGACAUCACAAGUGCUAAACCCAGACAGAAGAGCCUUGCCAAAAAAGCACUGAAGAAAAAGGAAAUCACCACGAAAGAUGUGACAGACAGCACCACAGAAGACAAGGCAGAAGACCCCAGAGAGGAGGAGGUGGAAGAGGGUGAGGAGGAGGUGAGAAAGGAUGAGCAGCCCCUUACAUAUCAGGAUGUAUCUCCUGAAGACGUCCCAGAUGGUGCCCAAAUAAGUAAAGCGUUUGACACGCUGUGCAACAUUGUGAGGGAGCGGAUGAGGAAACACAAGAAACCUGAGCCAAUCGCGGACUUCUACACCAAGGGGCGCUAUGUGCUGGUGAGUGGUGAGGCAAGCUAUGUGGACCCCUUCUUCUGCUCCUCAUCUCCUUCUGCUGGCCAUGUGAUUGUCACCAUCAGGGAUGACGUGAUGCCCCCGGAUGAUCUGUAUAGGGGUGGGGGUGAUGGCUCACCCACUACACCUUCUCUGCCAAUGCCACUUAAAAACGGAGAGGGUGGGGGAGACCGGGGCAAAGAAGGAGAGGACAUGGGCAAAGCAAAGAGCAAACAGGGUAAUAACGGUGAGAUGGGAGGCAAUGGAGAACAGCCCCAACCAGCAGGCGGAAAAGACACAACACCAGUGGAGCCCAGUCCAUCAGCAGGGCCCUACCCAGAACCCAGCAUGCCCCCUAGAGAUCCCUGCUCUCCUGGAAUUGGCCCCAAGAGGAACAAAGACAAAAACAUGGAAGACACCUGCCGAAGAGGCUCCGCGCCUAUGCCAGCCCCCAGAACCAAUCUUCCAGCUGAUUCCAUGAGCUACGAGAAGGUGGAGGUGGUGGAGUCUGUGGAAAAGUUCACAGAUGAUGACAGAGUCCAGGAGUACGAGGAAACGUCCAUGAUUGUGGAAACCAUGAUCGAAAAGACCAGCAAGAAGAAACACGGUGACAAAGGCUCUUAGUGCCCCAGCUAGUUUUGUGCAAGCGGUGAUUAGCUGAGAAUUAUGAUGCUGUUGAAAUUUACAUUGAAGCAUUUAGCCUUUAAUGUCUGAAAACCUGGGAAAGAAAAAAAAAACAAACAAAAAGAUGUGUGUUCCCAAUAAGAAAUGCUGCCCCAAGGAUGCCAUAAAUUGAAAGAGUGAGAUGACCAUCUACAACGUAAUAAAUUUUUAGCAUAAUUGGUAACAACAAUUUUUGCUGUGGAAGAAAUACUUCAAUAAAAAAUGCUCCUUUCAAAAAUA